CUUGUUUCCAUGUUUUGCGUGAAUGAGAUUGUACACUUGACAUUAGAUUUUUUAUAGCGAGCCCAAAACAGUUUUUGUGGCCCGUUUUCGUAUAGCUUUUAUGGGACUGGUCAAGGUUGAAGAUUUCGGGAGCCGUAUAGAUCGAUUGAGUGCACGAAAUUUUAUUCAUUUGGUUCCUAACAGCGUAUACGGUUCACAGUUAUUUUUAGUCUUCGUUACAUUUUUUGUACUCUCAACUUCAACUUUCGUCAUGGCUGAAGAAAACAAACACUUGACUGCCGUCCUCCAGGGUAAUGGACUGUUUACCAGAAACGCUUACCAGAUACUAGCCCAAGAAAAAGGCAAAAAUAUAUUUUUCUCACCUAUAAGUAUACACGCAAUUUUAUCUUUGGCUUCACAAGGGUCUGGAGGGAAAACACAAAAAGCAUUUACUAGCGCCCUUCAAGUAGCUGAUAUUGCAACGUUGGCCGAGGGCUACAAAGCAGCUAUGCUGAAACUGAAUUCCGUUGAGGAUGUAACUCUACUUAUGGCUAACAAGGUUUAUGUCAAAAAUGAAUAUGAAUUGAAAGAUGAAUUUAAAGAUAAAGUUGUCAAUAAUUUCUUUUCGGAAGUUCAAAAUAUCGAUUUCUCCCAAUCGGCAGCAGCUGCUAAGACUAUUAACACCUGGGUUGAAGAAAAAACAAAAGAUAAAAUUAAGGAUUUGAUACAACCUGCUGAUUUGGAUGCUCUAACCCGCUUAGUUUUGGUCAACGCAAUAUAUUUCAAAGGCAAAUGGGCUGCACCGUUCAAACCCGAGGACACAAAAACUGAGAAGUUCUACUUAAACGACAAUGAUUCGAUAGAUGUUCAAAUGAUGCACACCAAAAAGAAGUUCUUCUUUAAAAACGACGAAGCAUUAGAUGCCAAAGUCUUGGAAUUACCUUAUACCAACAAAGAUCUAAGCAUGAUCGUGAUCUUGCCUAAUAAGAGAGACGGUAUUAAUGAGUUGGAACUUAAAUUGGCUAAUACUGAUCUAACCAAGAUCACGGAAAAUAUGUUUAGGCCAGACGUUAUCGUUGCUUUGCCUAAGUUUAAAAUUGAAACCACCAUCGAUUUGGAGGCUCCUCUCACCAAGUUGGGUCUUGGCGUCAUAUUUAGUGAUAACGCGGAUUUCAGUGGCAUGCUUAAGAGUCCUGAAGAACUAAAAGUUAGCAAAGUGAUUCACAAAGCGUUCAUUGAAGUUAACGAGGAAGGCGCGGAAGCAGCAGCAGCAACUGUAAUGUAUAUGGCACAAACUACGUCUAUAAGAAUACCUGACCCUCUUGAAGAAUUUAUUGUUGAUCAUCCAUUUAUAAUAAUGCUGAACAACAGAGAUGACUAUUAUAACAACAAUAUUCUAUUUUUCGGAAAAAUAGAAAUACCAUCAUUCUCUUAGGAUUUUAAUGCUUUAUUGUCGAAAAUUCUCAAUCUAAGAGUUCCUAAUCCUCCAAAAGAAGUUAUUGCUGAUCAUCCAUUUAUAAUUAUGCUGAAACACGAUAAUGUAAACUCUGGUAACAACAUGCUUUGUGUUGGAAAAGUAGAAAAUCCGACAAUUUAAAUAGAUUAGUAGAUUUAAAUAGAUCAUUAUUAUUACAUAUUCUUAACUUGAAUUUUAUAUAUCAUUUUUAUCACAAUUUUUAUUGUACACACCACUGUAAUUUUUACAGUAGUGUUUUUUCUAUUACCCGACUUGUAUGUUUUGCUACCAAAUUUGAUUUUGCCAGUUAUUCUGGCUAUUUUAGUAAUUGUUUUAAGUCGCUAUUUAAUUAUUAGUAUCAGCGUAAUUGUGUUUAUAUUACUUAUUCUUGACUUUACUUUAAUAUUACUCUAAUAACUACAUGAACAAUAUAUAUUAUACAUAAUUAUCUAAAAAAGUUAUAUUUUACUUCUAAUAAAUGAUUUUAUUCUC